GGUCCCCCAGAUCCAUCCUCUCCUCUCCCGCAACCCCAAACCCGGCCCCGUCGCCGAUCUCCACUCCCGCAAACCCAUCCCCAUCCCCGCCGGCGACCUCCUCCCCCACUCCUCGACUGCCCUGGCGACAUCCUCUACUUCAUACCCUCCGGCGACCUCUCACCUCCGCCUUCCACUCCACCCUCUACUUCUCUCCACGCCGAAACCCUAGAUCGACGCCAUGGCCACCUCUCUCUAGCGUCCCCUCUCUCUCUCUCCCGUGGCGGCAUUCACCACUUCAACACCGUCGGCGACCACAACCAUGGCCUCAACCUGCCCUUCCCUCCCUGGUUGGAGAUCCACUCAAUUCCUCUCGCUCCCCCAAUUCCUCUCCAAUCCCGCCGCUGGCCGACUACCACCCCCACCGGCGACCUCCCUUCCUCCCGAGAUGUACGGAUGUGGCGAGAUGGAUGGCCGGAUCCCCGCCACGCCGGACCGGUGAGAUCCAGCCCCUUGCCGAUCCCAUGGCCUCUGCGGUGGUGCGAGUCCUCCUCCUUGUUCCUGCUGUCGCCUCCUCCCUUGCGGGGUGCACGGACGCCCUUCGGUCGCUGGGCGUCGGCGACGAGGUGGGGGCCGGGGCCGCCGCGCAGGGGGAGGACGCCGUGGACCUCAACCCCACCAGCUUGGGCGCCUUCCUCACAGCCUCGCGGGAGCAGUUCGCCGUCGUCGAGUUCUUCGCCCACUGGUUGCUCCAUGAGACGACCGUGUUCUUCAGCGUGGACCACCUGCAGCGCCUCGCGAGGCAGGGCCAGUGGGACGACGCCAUCAAGUACGUCGUCUGCUUCGUGCCCAAGGUCGACGCGAUGCUCGGCGAGGAGGGGAGGCUCCUCUUCAGCUUCAUCAAUCUGCACAGAACCAUCCACUCCAUCCCAACGCCCCCUCCGGCGCCGUCAGGCGCACCUACUUGCUCCCGGCCUUGCACCGCAACGAGAAGCUCAGGGCCGCCAUCGACUGGCAACUCGUGAGGAACAGGGAUGCGGAGAUCGCCAAGGAUUUGAUCGCCAAGACCCCCGAGUUCAAUGACCUGCUGCGGUUGCCCAACUGCCGGGAUAAGCCACACAACAUUCUCCCUAUCCGAUCCUGCAGCAGAUGCUGGACUUCAUUCAUGUUUGGUCGUGAGGUCCAGGAUGAACAAGUUGGGAGAAGCAUUGGAGCUAGUUAUACUAUGAUAGUUGUGUUACCUGAUGUGAACAUUUUUUUUAUUGUAAACUUGAUGUGAAGCAUAUUUUUCUGUAAUAAUGUGUUACCAGGAUGAACCAUCCUUGCUGUGUUACCAGGAUGAACAAGUUUGAUUGUAAUAAUGUGCCAAGUUUGGCUCUUUC